AUGGCCUCGCCAGAAGAAAUCGCAGGUAAAUGGCUUCUCAACCUCUGCAGUCGAAAACCAUCCGCCGAAAGAGAUGAAAUCCUCACCGAUCUCGAAAAGAUAAAGUUCGACGAAUUCUUCAAUCUGUAUGGUCAAUCACCCGUUUUCAAGACCUACUGGGUCGAAGCCGUGCGUAAGUGUCUGGCGAAAGAGCUGAGGGUCAAUUAUCCACUGGCGCGUGCGCUGCUGGAGAAAGAUGAGAGCGGAGACUUGUUCGUUGGGGAGAGGGAUUUGUUGCAGGUUGCGAUCAAGAGGGCAAAGGUUGACCCGGGAUAUCUGGGCGACGACCCGAAAAAGUCGAAUCCCGAGCUGUUGGAGAUGGUCAAGUUACUCAUGGCUCAUGGGGCGGCUAUGAAUUGUUUUGAUGAUGAGGGGUAUUCACCGCUUGUUUAUACCUGUAUACUGGGGUAUGGAGAGCUGUUCCGCUAUUUGAUCGAGGCUGGUGCGGACAUUUCGACCGUCCAGCAACGCAGAUCUCCAGAGCAUCUUGCCAAGAUCCGAAAGGCCGCUAUGAAUGGGGACAGCGUGGAAGAUGAGCCCAAGGAGCUGGUGAACCUUCUUCAAGUCACCCUAGACGCUCUGAUCUCACCGCAAGAGGUCGUCGACAUGACGUGGGUUGGCUGGCCUCCUGGUGUGAACUAUGACGUGCCCCUAUGGGAUCUUGAUAUCGAAGAUACCUGGGGCGGCAUCAUUAUGAAUCUACUGGAGCAAGGUCUUUCAUGCCCUAAAAAUGACGCGGGGCUAGUGAUGAUGCUUCAUAUUGCAUGUCGCAAAGGAGCGCUAGAUGUUGUGAGGAAGCUCUUGGCUUAUGGCGCCCAAGCUGACGUCGCCGGCCCCAGGAUGGUUGAUGGAGGACAAGGCGAAGGAUCGACUUUCGGAACGGCGAUGCAUGCUACAGCCGCAGGCCGUAACAUCGAUAUCGCUUUGGCUCUCAUACAACAUGGCGAAAGUGCCAGCUGUCGUCGACGCUGUAUUUUCAACCGCGGAGGUUCCAACGGAGAUAUGACGCCCAUCGAAGCCGCGAUAGCAGGAGACCGUUAUGGGAAUGAUGAUGAUGACCUCCUCGCGUUUUCAGAGCCGUUCAUGGAACGCGCGAGCGAUCUUGAAGGCUCUGACUACCAGGCCGUGCUGGAAUACUGCGCGCAGAACAAUAAGCUUGAAGCAGCAAAACGGCUUCUUGACACAGGGACACGACUCGAAGAAGUAUCAACCUCGGUGUCGAGCGUUGAUAUGGCAAAGUUGCUAGUGUCUCAUGAUAUCAAACUUGAUCCAGUGGCCUUGCAAGAGAGAGCGCUGAAGAGAGGACGGUUGAGUCUUUUGCGGUGGUGUGUUGAUGAAUAUGGUGCCAAGCUACCUGAUGAUCCAAAUUCCUGGGGGGAGAUGGUGACUUGGCUUCUCUCAUCUGGUAAUAUGUACCUUGAGCAAACCAAAUACCUCAUCACUGAGUAUCCGGGCCCGCAUAUCGAUAUGGUUCUCAUCUCAAGACGAGUUCUCCAUCGGGAGAAUCACAAAGCAAGGAAGACAAGUUGGCUUCAUACCGCCAUCAUUAAGCAUAUCCUGCCGGUUAUCAAGAUGUUAUUGGAGGCCGGGGCUGAUGUUACGCUACCUGGGUUACAUGCCGAUGCAACCGCUGUGAUAAGGAAAGGUGGUCGAGGGACAUUUCGAAGUAUCAGUAAGUGGCUGGAGAUUGUUGGAAUGGUGGAGAGGAAGAUCUCCGGUGAUGAGGGGUGGACUAUGCCUUCGUAUGCUGAGGUGAGGAAGCGCAUUGCGCAGACUGUGGCGACUGAAAGACAAGCUUGGGAUGAGAAGAUUGAGAGUAUGGUCAAAAGCAGACAGGAGGUCCCUUACGCCACUCUGGAGAGGGUAGAUGACCCAGCGCCAUCUUCUCCUUUGGGGAUUGCGUCCUCGGCAGAUUUGUAUCAGCCUCUCGACGGCAGCAGUUCCUUUCGACUUCUCGAACUGCUUCCAUCAUGCAAUCGUUCUGAUCCUCUCGUCGGGCGUCUGGUCGAUAGCGACAUCACAUUUCAACCCGACUACGAAGCUCUCUCCUAUGUCUGGGGAGANNACCUCCACUCGGCGCUCAUCCACCUCCGCUCUCCCAACACCGUACGAACACUCUGGGUCGACGCCCUAUGCAUCAACCAAACAGUCCACGGCGAACGAAACCAACAAGUCCGCAUCAUGGGUGACAUCUACAAAUCAGCCCGUCAAGUCGUAGUAUGGCUCGGCGACGCAGCUGAUGAUUCACAUCUUGUAUUCCAACAUCUCAACGACGAAAGCAUCCCCGACUCAUUCCACAACGAUUCACCUCCACCAGAAGAUAAACGACGUGCUUGGUGUGCCCUUGUCAAACGACCUUGGUUCUUCCGCACAUGGGUCAUACAAGAGAUAGCCCUUGCGAAAAGAGCGGUCAUGAUGUGUGGGGAGGAGUCGACGCUGUGGAGAAACGUGGAGGCUGGUUGGAAGCCUGACUUUUCGGGUGGUGCUAAGGGGCUUUCAACUUCGCGUAGCGGUGGAGGUGAUCAUCCGCUCGAGGGGUUUGAUCCAGAUAGUCAUGUUUGGAGUCUGAGGAUGCUUGGUGUCGGUAGCGAUCCGAUGAGUAUUCUGAGGUACAGCCGCGUUUGUCAGACUACUGAGAUUCGGGAUAAGAUCUAUGGCAUCUUGGGUUUAUUCGAGCCGGGAUUCAUACCGGUUGAAUAUGAUCUCCCCGUUGAGGAUAUCUUUCGUCAGUUCACAGAGGCUGUGAUCAAACUCACCAAAGAUCUUCGUAUCCUCGAAAUUGUCGGUGCAAAGCGCAGUUAUCCAAACCUUCCAUCUUGGGUCCCUGACUUCACGGAUACUUCGACCAACAGUCUCCCUGAGCGUAAUUGGUACGCACCAUAUCGCAAAGACGCGGAGGAGAAUUACGAUGUUCGGUGUGCAGAUGGAACGCGACUUAGCUUUCCUAGGGAACGCUUAGGGAAUGAGUAUCUGCCAGGCUUGAAGUUCUCGGAACAUGGGACUCUGACGAUCAGGGGAAAGAUGGUUGAUACGAUUCGAGAGCUUGGGCCGGAGCUUAAAGCCGGUGUUGGCCAUGCACCGGGAACUACAGGGUUUGGAAUGGUGAUGAAGGAGUGGGAAAGUCUUGCUGUCAAACUAGUUCCGGGGUGGAAGGAUACCAAGUCUUCAUUGAGCAAGGCUGUUGCAAGGACACUUACAGCAACCCAUGGCUCUGAGCUCUUUGGCACCGGCGUUGGCUUCACGCAAUGGUAUCGACACUGCGGCGCCGGUAUUCUCGAACCAAACGAUCCAUCAAUGUUUCUUCGUGAUCACGAGUUCUAUCUCUGGUGGUUAAGCGUCGGGAAGGACUCAGAAGAAAAGGACCCCGAAACGAGUUCUGAAGAAAAGUCCGAUGAAGAGCCUGGUGUUAUUGGGUAUGAUCUCAGAGAGUUCUCCAAAAAGUUCACCUUUGCGAGCUAUGGUCGAUGUCUUUUCACUAGUGAGAAGGGGUCGUUGGGACUAGCGAGUCCGAGAGCGAAAGCGGGGGAUCGGGUUGUUUACUUUCCCGGGUCGACUGAACCGUUUCUGUUGAGGAAGAGGGAGGAAGGGGGGUGGAUGUUGGUGGGUGAAUGUUAUUUGUAUGGGCUUGACUUGGAUAUGUUGUUUCAUGAUGCGGAGCAUUUAGUUGAGGAGUUUGAGAUAUUUUAG